CCAGGGUUGCUUUAACCUCUUACAUACCAGUGAGGGGCAGCUGUCCCAUCACAAUCCUAGAUGGCUACUUUGGGAAGUUUAAACUGGUAGCUGGGACAACCUGUGGAAUAUUAAUCUGGCUCGUGUGUUAUGUUGGUUAUGCUAUAGGGAGCACUUUAAAAUCGAGUUCGCUAACAUGAGUUGAAGCACCUUGUAUAGACACAGUUUAACAACUUCACAGCCAUGUUAGCUGGGUAUUUUGCACUAUAGGUGAACGCUACAUGACCUAGGCUACUACACAACCUGCUAACACAACUUCAAAGGUGUUAAACUGUGUCUUACAGAGGUGUUCGGGGGCUUUCCAAGUGUAUUAUGCUAACUCAAGUAAGGUAGUUCGUCUAAGAAAAGCACUUUUACUCACUGUCCUGGACAGACCCUAGCCUCCCCUCGGAACUUGGCCAGUUGUCUGUUGUACAUGUUGACCCAGAAAACUGACAAGCAUAGGGCUUCGUUUGGUGUGAAGUGUCAUUAUUAGCGUAUUAAAUUUUCUGGCUUUGCUGCUGUUGUGGCUUUGUGGCAUCUUCACAAUGGUUGCCAUGGCAACCAUGUUGUUUGACUUCACCCAGUCCCUGCCUCCUGUAAGUUGAAGACCCAAGCACAGAUGCUGACCUACAAUGUCAGCCCCACCGAAACACAGCCUCUUCACCCCGGAUCCUUACUACAUCCCAGGAUAUGGUGGGUUCUACCCUCAGAUCCGCUACCAGAUCGGAGAAACCUAUGGCAAAACCACCUCUCGCCUGCUGACAGACCCCAAUGUUCGGAAGAGCCCUUGCUCUGUGCUGGCACCCCUGGGGAAGCCAAGGUUCCUAGAGGACUUUAGUGGUACAAAGCAUCCUUCAAACCAGAUGCUGGAUCAAAACUACAGUUACUUUCCCGGAUACACUGGUUCGUACAUGGCCAUAAGGAAACCUUCGUGCUUUGCUACCACUGACCAUAGUGGAGUUUUCGGAUACCAGCAGUAUCCCGUUAGGAUUGAGGGAGUGCCUUUGGAUGCAGUGACUGAGACAGUGGAUCUAAGCAGAUACAAUCAGCUCCCACAGCUGGAUGUCCCAAACCUGAUCCAACGGAAAGCCAUUUCAGGCUACACUGGAUUCGUACCGCGCUUCACCUGGAUCAUGGGUGUUAACUACCUCAAGGGAGUUAAAGAUGCCAUGAAUGAAUUUGACAGAAAUCAGUUUAUGGUAAGAAACCCAGUGUGGAACUUUGGUAAGAGACUACCACAGACAUAUUGGCCUAAUAAUAAAAUUUACACCAGCGCUGGACUGAUACCUUUCUACACAGGCUUUGUACCAACCCUCAGACACAGCUAUGCCUUAACAUUUGGCAACAGUACCCGGAAAGCCUACCAGAAAGCGCAGAGACAAAACUGUGCGCUGUGA